AUGGCCUUUGUUAAAGCUCAAAAAACUAGGGCAUACUUUAAGCGGUUUCAGGUUAAGUUUAAGAGAAGGACAGAGGGGAAGACUGAUUACCGUGCCGGGAUUCACCUAAUUAAUCAAGACAAUAACAAGUAUAACACUCCCAAGUAUCGAUUUGUAGUGCGAUUAGUAUCCUUUACAUACACUUGUACUAUGCUUUCUCUAUCUCUGUCUUUCUCUUCCCCUGUUGGCAGUUACUUGUAUGAGAAACUUGUCUGUGGUAUGCCUUAAUGGCCCUUAUCUGAAGUCUUGAUAUGUUAAGCAUUUGAUUGCAAGUGAAAAUACUUUGGGUUUUAACUGUUUGUUUGCCUAUCGAUUUUUGCAUCUGUUGUUGAGCUGGACCAUGAGAAUCAUCUUCUUGGAGCCUAUAGUAUGAACAAAAAGAAGUCUUUACUUACUAAAAUUAGAUAAGUUUUUAUGAAUCAGAUAGCAUUGCAUAGGAGUAUUUUUUGGGGGUGAAGAGAUGUUUUCAACCUUAAUUUGGUUAUCAGACAAACAAGGAUAUCGUUGCACAAAUAACAUCUGCUAGUAUUGCUAUUGUUCUUGCCGCAGCAGCAGUAAAAUGGAUUCUUUCAAAUAUAUGCAUUUACAAGAUGAAUUCUUGGCACCUCUGAGCCCAAUUCCUAACUUUGUGAAUCAGAAGAUCAAUUGAACCAAUCUUUUCUUACAUGACUGCACUCGGAAAUUUCAGAAAGGUGGAUGUAAUUUCUAGAACCAAGGAUAUUUCUGCAAACACUACCAUGCUCAACAAACUUCGGUGAAAGGCCUAAUAGACUCUGCAUGUCUAUUGCAGGCAAUCAAUCCAAAGUGACUUCCAGCAUCAUAAGAUGUGAAUAUAAUAGCUUCCAAACACCAAUCGAAAAUUGCCUUGCUUUGUGACAAUAAUGAGAAAAAGCAGAAUUUUUCCCAGUAAUGACAGUGAUCACAGUUAAAUAAGAGGUAUAUUUUCAGUUUUAAUACAAUUUAUAUGUAGGCUACAUAAGGAUAUAGUUUGUUUUAAAGUUUAACUACUUGUUUUAUGAUGAUUUUUAUGAACAGGUCUGGGUGGCUGAUGAUAGGUGUUAUCAUAGUGAGCCUUCUUGUGUUGGAACUCAUUCACUAAUUAUUAUUUUCAGCUGUUGGUUUGAUUCAUUGGUUCAAUUCUAGCCAAUUUGUAUGGCUCUUGAUGCCUGUAUAACUGGAUUUGGCAUGAACAUAACUACAUGGUUUGACAUUGCGUGUGCCUAUGUUUGUUCUACAAAGUGAAAUUGUUGCAUUUUAUGGCACCUAAUGUUUCAUUUUCCACAAUUGUAUUGGUUCUAGAAUUAAGUUAUCUGUUGUGUGAGGGUACAAUUCUGGAUUCAAAUUGCACUUGUAAAGUUGUUUUUUAACUCGCAUGUUGAGGUUGAGCUCUAGGUUUGCUUUAACUGUAUGGCCAUGUGCCCUAGUUGCAUGAUUGGACUUGAUUCUUGACUUAAAAAUUUAUUGAACUUUCACCUCUUCUUGGCUGAAGUGGAACAGCCUGUUUAUAUUUCUGCAUUGGCAUUGGUGUUGUUCCACUUGCCUUGACUGUGUGCAUAUGAUGUGAUCAUGCAUACAAUUGACAUCUGAGCAGUCAUUUACUUGUAAUUGAUUACAUAUAGGGAGCAUUGGAUGGUGGUUUGGAUAUUCCUCACAGUGACAAGAGAUUUGCUGGAUUUUCAAAGGAGUCCAAACGACUUGAUGCGGAAAUUCACCACAAGUACAUCUAUGGGGGCCACGUUCAUGCAUAUAUGCAGAAUCUGAUGGAAGAUGAACCAGAGAAGUAUCAGUCUCACUUCAGUGGGUAUAUAAAGAGAGGAAUUGAAGCAGAUGGCAUUGAAGAGAUGUACAAGAAAGUUCAUGUUACCAUCCAUGUCGAUCCAACUACUAAGAAGUCUGAGAAGCAGCCACCCAAGGAGCACAAGAGGUACAAUUUGAAGUAGCUUACAUACGAGCAGAGGAAAGGUAAGCUGAUUGAGCGAUUGAAUGCUCUUAAUGCUGCUGCAGGAUUUGAUAAUGAAGAUGUUGAGGAUGAUGAGUGAAAGGAAUAUAGUCAGAACAGAGCAAGUUUAUAGUUCGUGUUUUCCUCACUACAUACAUACGCUGCUCAAGGCAGUUCAAAUUAAGACCAUUUUGUUCUUAUGAAAUUUUGUUUUACUUUUUCAGCAUUAUUGCAGCUUGUAGAGCCUUUUUAUAUUUUGAUGGUGACAA